GCCGCGCUCAAGGCCAAGCCGCGCUUCGACUUCGCGCACCUGGCCGUGGCCGCCACGCAGGAGGAGCCGGGCAAGGCGGCGCGGGGCCCGGCGCUCGAGGCCGCCCGCCUCGCCCUGUCCCCGGAGAAGAAGCCGGCGCGGGGCCGCCUGCCCUCCAAGACCAAGAAGGAGUUCGUGUGCAAGUUCUGCGGGCGCCACUUCACCAAGUCCUACAACCUGCUCAUCCACGAGCGCACGCACACGGACGAGCGGCCCUACACCUGCGACAUCUGCCACAAGGCCUUCCGGAGGCAGGACCACCUCAGGGACCACAGAUACAUCCACUCCAAAGAAAAGCCCUUUAAGUGUCAAGAAUGUGGGAAAGGAUUUUGCCAAUCCCGGACGCUAGCGGUCCACAAGACCCUGCACACGCAAGUAAAGGAACUGAAACCGUCCAAGCUGAAAGGCUGAGCGGGCUCCAACUCCCACGGACUCAGUCCCUCUCCAGGCGUCCUCCCCAAUUCAGAACAGACACGACAGCCCCAGGAUGGGAGCACACACACACACCCCUGCACACACACACACACACACACACACACACACACACACACACACACACACACACACACACACACACACACACACACACACACACUUCCUAAAUCCUGGUUUGAAAUUGAGUUUGGGGGCUGGAAAAGCAGCUGAACCGCGUGGGGCACAACCCAGCCGGCUGAGUCUUUGGUGGCUUUGAGAAACUUUAUGCCAAAAGGUGGUGCUCACGUAUCGGACAGGAAUCUCUCUGUCUCUCUCUUCAUUAUUUUUAAAAAGAAAACAAACCCGUAGCUUCCAAAAGUAUUCCUUUUUAAAAUAUAUAGAUAUAUAUUUUAUAUUUCUUUUGACUGUAUAAAGCUUAUUACUUGUACACUUCAGAACAAAAAACCCGAAUUCCGGAAGACGAUUCAGGACUGAAACUUGUAGCUUCUCCUCGCAGCCAAACAGACUCUCGGGUCUUAUCUCCCCCACUUGUUGCCUUAAAAGAAACUUUCCCAAAGAGACCUGAGUCUCCAGGGAUCAGUCUUGCCACGCGGGAUCGUGCCUUGGCCAGAACUCAACCCGACAGAUCCCCUGGAGCUCCGGACAGAUCCGCUCAGUGUUGGCACUGCCUGGAGCCCUGGUUUGCCUUGUGCGGGCUGGUGCCUUGGGGCGGCGGGUUGUCAUUUGUGGACUUAUUUAAAAAUAUAUAUAAUUCUGGACUUAUUUAAAAAAAAAAACCCACCCAAAGGAAUGAUCCACCCUGGCUGGGAUGAUCUAGCUGGGGCUGGUCCUGCUUUGAGCAGGGGGUUGGAGUAGAUGAUCCCUCCAGACCCCCACGGGCGAUGAUGCUAUGCGAGGCCAGUGGCGACACGGGAGCGAUGCCCGGCACGACGUGGUCUUGGUGGUACUUUAAAGCCUGCGCGUGUCCUGAGCAGAGAGGGGGUCGCGCUCGACCUGAGAGGUUUUCUUUUCUUUCCUUUUCUUUUUUUCUUGUCUUUUUUAAAUUUGCGGCUGGCUUUUGUGAGCAGUGUAUUCCACGGAUGAAAACCAAAAGACAUUCCAAUAAGUUUUGCUUAUUAAAAACCAAGAAAGAAAGAAACCCCCGUUGUAUGGCUAUGUGGCACUUUAUGCUGAGUAUUGGUAUUGACAUUUAUCACUGGAUUGUGUUUUUUUUUUUUUUUUUAAGUAUUAAAAUAAAUGGUUAUUUUACAGGC